AUAUAAUUAUUUUUAUUUAUCUGGCUGCACCGCCUCACGUCGUUCGUCGCAAUUUUAACUUUUUUUUUUCUUUCACUUCUGUAUCUGCUCUAUUGCUCUUUUGGGGUAUUAACUACAUCUGCAGUUCAACGCCUUUAGCUUUAAACUAUUAAAGCGAUUGGAUAUUAUUAGUAAAUAUAAUUUAGAGUGCCUGUAAAUAAUCCCAAAACGUAUUUCGGAUUCAUUCCGUUCAAAUAUAACAAAUGGCUUUGAAAAGAAUUAAUAAGGAACUACAAGAUCUUGGACGUGAUCCUCCAGCCCAAUGUUCAGCUGGCCCUGUUGGUGAUGAUUUAUUUCACUGGCAAGCUACUAUAAUGGGUCCUCCAGAUAGUCCUUAUCAAGGAGGUGUCUUUUUUCUCACUAUUCAUUUUCCUACAGAUUACCCUUUCAAACCACCAAAAGUAGCGUUUACUACUAGAAUUUAUCAUCCAAACAUCAACAGUAAUGGUAGCAUUUGCCUGGAUAUUCUACGCUCACAAUGGUCACCAGCUCUAACAAUAUCUAAGGUUUUGCUAUCUAUAUGCUCUUUGCUUUGUGAUCCAAAUCCAGAUGAUCCUUUGGUACCAGAAAUAGCUAAAAUUUAUAAAACUGACCGAGAGAAGUACAACGAGCUGGCCCGAGAGUGGACAAGGAAAUAUGCUAUGUGACCUCUCUUAAUUAAUUUGAUAUAAACUAGCGCUUCUUCCAUUACACCAUAUUACUUUCUGCUGUUUCCUGUUCUGGUCAAUGCGGUUAUUUUUGGGGGCCAGUUCUUAUUAUUGAGAUUUGUGUAGCAUUGAAUUUAAGUGAAAAAAAUUGACUCUUAAAUUAUUAAAUUUUAUACUUCUAUAUUGUGAGAAAAAUAAUUGGUGUUCUAAGCUAUUGUAAAUUGUUGCAAGAACAAAAAAUCCUUGCAUUUUUAUGCUUAAAAAACUGGCAGUCCUCUUUAAUUUAUUAUUUUUUUAUUUUAUUAUUAUUCAGGGCAAGAUGUUGUUGCAACUUAUAGUUCACCUUGCACCUGUUGUUAUUUUGUUACUUGAAUGUACAUUAAAUUAAAGCAAUCACUAUGCUCAAUUUCUAACUAUAUAUUAGAUGACAGUUUCUAUAACCAGAACUGGAAAUCCAUCAAUCCAGUGGAAGACAUGGCCAGACAUAUUAUUGUGUCAAUGUGUAAAUGUAAUUUUUUUUCCCCUUUUCUCCUCUGAAAUGAAUACUGACUUGUGCUGUGUAAAUAAAACUUUUUACAUCUGCCAGAA